UCUGUGCGACGACGCAUCAAACGGUGCGCGGGUGCGCGGUGCGCGGAGACCGUGAACAGAACGGUGAAAUGGCGUCCAUCAGUCAACCUCUCAUCCCAGAGUUCUACAAGGGAAAAGAUGUCUUCAUCACGGGAGCCACAGGGUUCAUGGGAAAGGUCCUGGUUGAAAAACUCCUCCGCUCGUGCUCAGAGAUCGGCAGAAUCUUUGUGCUGAUGCGCAGUAAAGGAGGUUUGUCACCCCAAGAACGGCUAGAGGAACUACUUUCCACUCAGAUAUUCCGCUCGACUCAUUCUACAAAGGGGAAAGUGGUCGCCCUAGAAGGAGAUCUCACCCUUCCAGAUCUGGGACUCACCGCUCGAGAUAAGGAUUUGCUUCUGGACAACACGCAACUCAUUUUCCACUCUGCAGCCAUCGUCAAGUUUGAUGAACCAUUAAAGAGUUCAAUGGACAUGAACGUUCUGGGUACCAGGCGACUCCUCCGUUUGUGUCAGUGUAUGAAGAAGCUCAAGGUUUUCGUCCACAUCUCAACGGCCUACUGCAACUGUGACAAAACGGAUGUGUCAGAAAUCAUCUACUCUCCACCUUUCGACCCACAGAACGUCAUCGACGCGGUCAGGUGGAUGAAAGAUGAUAUGAUAGAAGCCAUAACUGGUCAACUGCUGGGCACGAGGCCAAACAUGUACACCUUCACCAAAGCUCUUGCAGAAACAUUGGUAGUCAACGAAAGAGGCAACGUCCCCGUCGCCAUUGUUCGACCAUCUAUCGUUACAGCAGCUUGGAAGGAACCAAUCCCAGGAUGGGUGGACAACAUAAACGGCCCCACUGGCCUUCUUGUAGCGUCUGGCAAGGGCCUCCUGCGUUCAAUGCUCGCUGACCCCGACAAGGCGGCAGACUUGGUCCCCGUCGACACAGUGAUCAAUACCAUGAUCGUAGUGGCUUGGCAUACGGCAACGAGGACGCCCAAAGGCAUCCCUGUGUACCACUGUACUUCGGGCACUAUUAGUCGGUUGACGUGGGGCGAUGUGGAGAGGGUCGCUUACCCUUAUCUCCUUACCAACCCUAUGCCACAUGCUGUUCGUUUCCCUGGCGGCAGCUUCAAGAAGAGCAAGUUGCUCAAUGCCCUUUCCAUGUUCCUGCAACAUCGAUGCCUGGCGCAGGUCUAUGAUGUUUAUCUGUGGCUCUGUGGACGGAAACCAAAGAUGUUCAAGUUGUUCAACAAACUGUACAAGGUCAUGGUUUCCCUCGAGUACUUCACCACUCAUGAAUGGAAAUUUCAUUGCGGAAAUAUCUUGAUACUCAUGAAGCAACUCUCACCCGAAGACCGAAAGCUCUUCUCUGUGGACCUUCGUUCCAUCGAUUGGGGGUCGUACUUUAAGAAUUACGUUCUCGGGGCACGAAAGUUCAUCCUCAAAGACGAUCCAACCACAGUAUACGAAGCACGGCUCACGCUCAGGAGGCUUUACAUAUACGAAAAGUUAGGUUUGCUCGCUGUCCUGUUCUUCGUGGGACGCCUCAUCGCUGGGAAGCUGCACAGGAAAAUUCUCACCACAACACUUGCAUUCUACAGUCUACUUUCGCCUUUGUUUAGGCACCAUCCACAAAUGUCGCUUUUUGGAAUAAGACUGUAGAGAAGCGAUACAAAUAAAAUCUCGGUAUCGGCA